GCUAGAGAGAGAGAGAGUGAGAAAGAGAUUUGUGUGUGUGUAUGUGAGAGAGAGAGAGAGAGAGAGAGAGAGAGAGAGAUUUGUGUGUAUGUGUGUGAGUGUGUGAGAGAGAGAGAGAGAGAGAUUUGUAUUGUUGGCACCAUGAGUAUAAGGUGGCCAAGAGUGUUGACACCAACUUACCUCUCACAAAUUAUAAGAACACAAAAGAACCCUUUAAAAGCUUUGCAAAUUUUCAAUGAAGCCAAAUCAAAGUACCCUAAAUACUCCCACAAUGGUCCUGUAUAUGCCACUAUGAUCACUAUCCUUGGAACAUCAGGGAGACUUAAAGAGAUGAAGGAAGUAAUUGAACAAAUGAAAGAUGAUUCAUGUGAGUGCAAAGAUUCAGUUUUUGUUUCUGUUAUUAAGAUGUAUGCUAAAGUUGGAUUAGUAGAUGAAGCAAUUGGUCUUUAUAAGAACAUUCCUAGGUUUAACUGUGUGAAUUGGACACAAUCUUUUAAUACCCUUUUGGAGAUUAUGGUGAAUGAGAACAAACUUGAAGAUGCUCAUAGUCUUUUUGUUGAGAGUUCUUGUGGUUGGGAAGUGAAGUCUCGCGUACAAGCGUUGAAUUUGCUUAUGUAUGCUUUGUGUCAAAAGAGUCGAUCGGAUUUGGCGUUGCAGAUAUUCCAAGAGAUGGAUUAUCAGGGAUGUUAUCCUAAUAGGGAUAGUUAUUUAACUGUGAUGAAGGGUUUGUGUCGUGAUAAGAGGUUGAACGAGGCGACUCAUUUGUUGUAUUCGAUGUUUUGGAGAAUCUCUUUGAAAGGUAAUGGUGAGGACAUUGUAAUCUAUAGAACUCUUUUGGAUGCUUUAUGUGAUGAUGGAAAUUUUGAAGAAGCUGUGGAGAUUCUGAGUAAAAUUUUGAGGAAAGGACUGAAAGCUCCGAAGCGAUGUUAUAGCCGACUUGAUCUUAGUCAAUGCGGCAAUGGUAAAGAUGUAGAAGACAUUAAACGUUGGAUUCACGAAGCUUUGGUCAGGGGUUCGGUUCCUAGUACUGCUAGUUAUAAUGCCAUGGCGAUUGAUUUAUACAAUGAAGGUAAGAUAGGCGAGGCUGAUAACGUUAUCGACGAAAUGAGAAAAAAAGGGUUUAAACCGAAACAUUCAAUUUUCGAGGCAAAGGUAGCUGCAUUGAACAAAGUUGGUAAAUUAGAUGAAGCAAUCAAGGUAAUUGAAGAGGACAUGGUUGAAGUCAAUUGUCUACCAAAUGCUAGAGUGUAUAGUAUUCUCUUGAAAAACAUGUGUAACGUUGGAAAUUCAACAUCGGUUCUCGAGAGCUUGAACAAGAUGUCUAAAAAGGUUGGUUGUAUGGCUGACAAAGAAACUUAUAGCAUUUUACUCGAAAUGCUUUGUCGCGAGAGAAAGUUUCUCGAGGCAAGCCAGCUUCUGGAGCAUAUGUCGAUUAAAUCGUAUUGGCCAAGUGCUGACAACUACAAUAUGCUCAUUGAGGGUCUAUGUUCCUUAGGUAGACAAUAUGAAGCUGUUAUGUUGUUGGAGGAUAUGAUAAGCCAGGGAAAACUUCCUGAAAUUUCGGUUUGGAAUUCGUUAUCAUCGUCAUUUUGUAACUCGGAGAUGAUGAAAGUUUCCUCGGAGACAUUUAAUCGUCUAAGAAGUUUGUGAUUCUGAAUGUUGUUGAUAAUCAUGUACUACCAUUUUUCGAAAUAUGCUUAUGAUUCUUAUUUUUCAUCGUCUUUUUCUUGUCUUGUAUCGCCUUGGUUUGUGUCAUUCUCAUUAAUGGAUAGCUUGAAUGCUUCAUGAUUAUCACAUACAUAACUCAAAUCUUUAA